UGGACUCCAGCCCGUCGUUCCUCGCUCCUCCCACAGACGCUCCAUUUAAAGGUUUCACUUCGCAGCGAACCUCCCAGUUCCUCCCGUUGUUUGCGUCCUGCUCUGUUCGGAUCCGGACGAGAUGUUGGACUUCGCGCUCGGUUCGGCCGCCACCUGGACCCUGCUGGCUCUGCUCGCAGCGCUGUUAUUACUGUACGGCGUGUGGCCGCACAGGCUGCUCAGGAAGCUGGGCAUUCCCGGACCGAGGCCGCUGCCUUUUGUCGGGACCAUGUUGUACUUCAGGAAGGGACUCUUGCUUUUCGACCGUCAGUGCCAGGCCAAGUACGGGGACGUCUGGGGGUUGUAUGAUGCAAGAACUCCAAUUGUGAUGGUGGCAGACCCGGAGAUCAUUAAAACUGUGAUGGUGAAGGAGUGCUACUCGGUGUUCACCAACCGCAGGGACAUUCUUGGAACAUCUGGGCCCAUGGAUGAUGCAAUUACAGUAGUUAAAGAUGAGAAGUGGAAAAGAAUCCGCAGCACUUUGUCUCCGUGCUUCACCAGCGGAAGACUGAAACAGGUUUUUCCCGUGGUUGUUCGCUACACAGAUCGGCUUCUUAAGAAACUGGAGAAAACAGAUUUGGAGUCAGUCGAUGUCAAACAAUUCGUGGCGCCGUACAGCUUAGACACAGUGGCCAGCGCCUCCUUCAGUGUGGAGAUGGACUCCAUCAACAACCCAGAGGAUCCUCUGAAUGUUCAUCUCAAGAAGAUGCUCAACUUCAGGUUCUUGCCUUUACUGAUCCUGAUGAUGUUCCCCUUCGGUGCCCGUCUCGCCAAGCUCCUGAAGGUCGAGUUCAUGCCCAGGCAAAGUCUGGACUUCUUCUACAACAUCAUCAAGAAAUUCAAAGACGAGCACUGUGGCGAGGAAUCUGUUCGAGCAGAUUUCCUCCAGGUUCUGGUUCAGAAUGAGAUUCCAGAGGCGGCGAUAAAAAAUGAGCAAGAGCAGCCGAGUAAAGGUUUGACUGAACACGAGAUUCUUUCCCAGGCCUUAGUUUUCAUCUUUGGUGGGUUUGAGACCACCAGCGUCACCCUCACUUACAUCCUGUACAACCUGGCAACCAACCCUGACGCACUGCAGACGCUGCAGACAGAGAUUGACUCCAGCCUCCCACCAGAUACACCGGUUUCAUAUGAGAAGCUGGCUGGUCUGGAGUACCUGGACCAGGUUAUUUGUGAGUCAAUGCGUCUGGUUCCCACCGCGCCGCGUCUUGAGAGGGUGUGCAAGAAAACAGUGCAGAUCCACGGGCUCACCAUCCCCGAGGGAACCGUGGUCGGGAUUCCUGCCUACCUGUUGCACAAGGAUCCACGCUUUUGGAGCUCACCUGAGCUCUUCAGGCCCGAGAGGUUCAGUAGGGACAGCGGGGAGGAGGUGAACCCGUACGCCUACAUGCCGUUCGGCCUCGGCCCGCGGAACUGCGUGGGGAUGCGUUACGCUCUCCUGGUCAUGAAGACGGUGAUCGUCCGCCUCCUGCAGUUCUACACCGUGGAAACGUGCAGCGACACCUUGGUUCCGCUGCAGUUUGACUGGAAGUUCCAGCCGGUUCAGCCAAUAAAGCUCAAGUUUGUCCGCAGGCGACAGUGAUCCAAGACCGACCGCCUCCACACACGUUCGAUCUCAGAUCUUGGCAAACUGAUUUUUCUAUAGAUGUUUUUUUAUUAAUAAUCAUCAAAGUAUAGUACACUUUAAAUUUGCAGACUGUCAAUCAAAUGUGUAUUGAAUGUAUGGAACACUAAUAACUAUUCUGAUCAGUAUCAGCAGUGCUGCAGCUUGACUAAUGCUGUCAUUCACAGGUAUUUGUCUCCACCCAGUGGCUGAAUCAGAUUCACCUCAAUCACAGACUUUAGAUUCUAUUUUAUAUCGAUUGUGAUACACUAAACGAAACGUAAAGAGAUUGAUUGUGUAACUCAAAUAAAUGUUUACUGGCUCUUU